CACUCCGUGACUCCCCUUCAGUUCUCCGUUCCGCCUCCUGGAAUAACCUGCACGCACGUGUUUAUUUAUUCUUUUAAAAUUGUUUCUCCAUUUGGAUUUACGCACGCGCGCGCAAUCACGAUGCGGUCUUGGUCGUUUCUUGCGCCGCUGCUGCUGCUGCUGCUGCUGCUGUCGGUGCCGCGCGCGCUCUCCGGCGGAGAGUACUGCCACGGCUGGCGGGACGCGGCGGGUGCACGACACCGCGGAUUCCGCUGCCCCGAGCGCUACGACGGCGAGGGCGCGCGCUACUGCUGCGGCUCGUGCUCGCUGCGCUACUGCUGCGCCGCGCCAGACGCGCGCCUCGAUCAGAGCACGUGCCCCGCCGAGUUCGACUUCUACACCGAGGGAGCGCGAGACGUCCCACCGACCCUUCCCACUUAUCUGCCCUUCGUGAUCGUAGUGAGCGCCUUCCUGUCCUUCGUUGUACUCGGAGCGAUGAUCUCCGUGUGCUGCUGUCACUGCGUGAAGCCGAAGCCCAGCGACCGGCCCGGUCCCACCCAGACCAGUUUGCUGGAAUCCAGAGGUCCGUCGCUUAAAAGCUCCACGCCGUCGUGUACGUCCAACUCCGGGCUCCACCCGCCUCGUCCGAGUCCGUCAGAUCUCAGCAUGUACAGUGCGUUUCCGCCAACAUUUGUUCCUCCGCUCCACCAGGGAGCGCCACAGUUUUACCAAAAUUAUCCUAAUUAUCCACUGCCUCCGGAGCACACCAUGCUGAUCGCGCCGGCGUUUCUGGACACACACGGACACGGCCCACCCUUCCAUCAGGACCCCGUCUACCCCACCGUCACCGUCUGAUGAUGUCACAGGACUACAGACAAGUAGCAAGUACAAGCAUGAGAAGGCUAACUGAAAAAAAGCAGCAUGGUAAUGAAGGUGAAGAAGAAGAUCACAGCCAUCGUGAUCAACCAACCGUCCCAUCUCCCAUCACAGGACUAAAAACAAUUAGUGUCAGGUUCCUGAAUGUUCCUGAAUUUUUAUGUGUUUGCACUCCAACAUAUUUUAGCAGUGAAAAUCAAAAACAUUUACGAACAUGGUGUAGAAAUGCGCUCAGAAAUCCUGUCACGUUAGCCAUCUAGCUAGCGUUAGCUGUACAAGUAUUAAUACACCUCGAACACUCUCUCAGAAAAACGUCAGAAAUUAGCUGACGUUAACCAGAUAGCUAGCGGAAGCAAUCGAGAACCACGUGCAAUUCUGCACACGUCUUUAAAUGUCUCUUUAAAUCCUUGUCAGAGUUGGCACAUGUUAGCUAGCUAGCGUAAGCGACGGACAUUACGAUCGUUUAUGAAUGAAUGAAUUCAAAAACAUUACGAAAUAUUCAUAAUAUCUCAGAAACCAUGUAGUUAUUCCGUGUUCACUAGCUAGCUAGCAAAAGCUUCUGUACAUUUACGAGUAUGAUUGAAAAAUCCUCUCAGAAAUCCUGCCAGAUUAGCUUAUGCUGG